CUAUCCAUUUCCUAUAAUUGUUUUGUCGUCGGCACUCUAUCUACUCUUCUCCCUAUCCUCUUCUUCUUUCACUCUCACUCUCUUCGUUAAACCCUAAAGAAAAACCUUCCAUUUCCUUAGCAAGCUCCGCCCACGACGUCGUUCCGGGACCUCCGUUAGUAGAGGGAGCCAUGAACCCCUCUACUCUCUUCGCUUCUCCCUCUACUCCUCACCGUUCCGUUAUCUACUCCCCGUUCCUCAGCCCCCUCCCCCUCCGUUCCACCACACACUCCAAAAAACUCACCCUCCAACGACGCCGUUCGCGGGCCUCAAUCAACUUCUCCGCCGACGACCAAUCCGCCCCCUCCACGUCACCUCCCCCUCCCAACAAUGUCUUCGGCGACAAGAGGGAGCUCACAGGGAUUCAGCCUCUGGUGGCCAAGUUAUCACCCCCGGCUAGAUUAGCGACCUCGGCUCUGAUCCUCGGCGCGGCGAUCGCCGCUGGCUAUGGCUUGGGGUCUCGGUUCGGCAAGUCCCAGACGGCGGCUCUGGGCGGCGCCGUGGUGCUCGGUGCAGCCGGUGGGGCUGCCGGGUAUGCUCUCAAUGCCUGCGCACCGGAUGUCGCUGCCGCGGAUUUGCACAAUUACGUGGCCGGCCACGGUGACCCUCGGGCAGUGAAGAAGGACGACAUCGAAAAGAUUGUGAAAAAAUAUGGAGUGAGCAAGCAAGACGAGGCAUUCAAUGCUGAGCUUUGUGGUAUAUAUUGCCAGUUCGUGUCUUCCGUCCUUCCUCCAGGAGGGGAAGAGCUCAAAGGUGAUGAAGUUGACACGAUAAUCAACUUUAAAAAAGCAUUGGGCAUGGAUGACCCAGAUGCUGCAGCAAUGCAUAUGGAGAUUGGUAGGCGAAUCUUUAGGCAACGGCUUGAAACUGGAGAUCGUGAUGCUGGCAUAGAGGAACGUCGGGCAUUUCAGAAGCUCAUUUAUGUUUCAACUCUUGUGUUUGGAGAAGCAUCAUCUUUUCUUUUACCUUGGAAACGUGUUUUCAAGGUCACUGAUUCCCAGGUUGAGAUUUCUAUCCGCGAUAAUGCCCAGCGGUUGUAUGCUUCUAAGCUAAAAUCAGUUGGCCGAGAUAUUGAUGCGGAGCACCUUGUUAGCCUUAGAAAAGCACAACGUUCAUAUCAACUUUCUGAGGAGCUUGCCAUGGACUUGUUUAGGGAGCGAACAAGAAAACUGGUUGAGGAAAAUAUUUCAUCAGCACUCAGUAUACUCAAGUCCAGGACAAGAUCAGUCAGGAGUGUCACGGAAGUCGUGAAAGAGCUUGACAAGAUAAUAGCUUUUAACAAUUUGCUUAUCUCACUGAAGAACCAUCCGAAUGCAGCUCAAUUUGCCCCUGGGGUCGGUCCGGUUUCUUUACUAGAUGGUGAGUAUGAUGGCGACAGAAAGAUGGAUGACUUGAACCUCCUUUAUAGAGCAUAUGUUACAGAUUCUUUAUCUAACGGCCGCAUGGAAGAAAAUAAGCUUGCUGCGUUAAAUCAAUUGAAGAAUAUAUUUGGUUUAGGCAACCGACAAGCAGAAGCCAUCACACUAGAUAUAACCUCCAAGGUAUACCGUAAGCGACUUUCACAGGCUGUUACUGGUGGUGAUUUAGAAACGGCAGACAGCAAAGCAACCUUCCUUCAAAAUCUCUGUGACGAGUUGCACUUUGAUCCUCAAAAGGCCAGUGAGAUUCAUGAAGAAAUUUACCGGCAAAAACUUGAGCAAUGCGUAGCUGAUGGAGAACUUGAUGAGAAUGAUGUUUCUGCCUUGCUGAGGUUACGUGUCAUGCUCUGUAUACCUCAGCAGACUGUUGAAGCAGCCCACUCAGAUAUCUGUGGCAGUUUGUUUGAAAAGGCAGUGAAGGAUGCAAUUUCAGCUGGUGUUGAUGGUUAUGAUGCUGAUGUCAAGAAAUCUGUGCAAAAGGCAGCACACGGCUUACGGCUGACUAAGGAAGUUGCCAUGUCUAUUGCUAGCAAGGCAGUCCGAAAGAUUUUCAUCAACUACAUAAAACGAGCACGAGCUGCUGGGAGCCGUACUGAGUCUGCAAAAGAACUUAAGAAGAUGAUAGCUUUCAACACUUUGGUUGUAACUGAGUUAUUGGCGGAUAUAAAAGGCGACUCAUCUGACACCUCACCAGAAGAACCUGUAAAGGAGGAAGACAAACCAGUUGAAGACAAACAAGUUGAAGAGGAUGAGGAAUGGGAAUCUAUUCAGUCACUUAGGAAAAUAAGACCUGGCAAUGAACUUGCUGCUAAGUUGGGGAAGCCUGGCCAGACAGAGAUAACUCUCAAAGAUGACCUUCCAGAAAGAGAGAGGACUGACCUCUACAAGACAUAUUUGCUUUUUUGUCUAACUGGUGAAGUGAAAAAGAUUCCAUUUGGUGCUCAGAUUACUACAAAAAAGGAUGAUUCAGAGUUUGUUCUGCUAAAUCAGCUUGGUGGGAUCCUUGGUUUGAGUACCAAGGAGAUAGUGGAAGUACAUAGGAGCCUAGCUGAGCAGGCUUUUAGGCAACAAGCUGAGGUGAUUUUAGCUGAUGGACAGUUGACAAAAGCCAGGGUAGAGCAGCUUGAUCAGUUGCAGAAGCAAGUUGGCUUGCCUCCACAAUAUGCACAGAAGAUAAUAAAGAGCAUAACCACUACAAAAAUGGCAGCUGCCAUCGAAACAGCUGUUGGCCAGGGAAGGCUUACUAUAAAGCAGAUAAGAGAACUUAAGGAAGCAGGUGUCGAAUUAGAUAACAUGAUAUCUGAGAGCUUGCGAGAGAACCUCUUCAAAAAAACUGUGGAUGACAUUUUCUCAUCUGGCACUGGCGAGUUCACUGAGGAAGAAGUCUAUGAAAAAAUCCCAUCAGAUCUCAGCAUUAAUGCUGAGAAGGCAAAAAGUGUUGUUAUUGAGCUUGCACGAACUAGAUUAGCAAAUUCUUUAGUUCAAGCCGUGUCACUGCUAAGGCAGAGAAAUCGACAAGGAGUGGUUUCCUCUCUUAAUGAUUUGCUGGCUUGUGACAAAGCUGUACCUUCCAAGCCACUGUCGUGGGAGGUGCCAGAGGAGCUAGCUGAUCUAUAUGCUAUAUACCUCAACAGUGAGCCAGCACCAGAGAAACUGUCUCGUGUGCAGUAUCUGUUGGGGAUAGAUGAUUCGACGGCAGAUGCUCUCCGGGAAAUGGGAGAUAGAACAAUUUCUGUAGGUGAAGAAGAAGAGAAGUUUGUAUUUUGAGUGUGGUAAGAUGGUUGCAAAUAGCAAAUAGCUUUGUUAGGCACAUUGAAGGGGG